AUGGAAGCAAUAUCCAAAUCCAAUCCAAACCCAAACCCAUCAACCGUCUCCUAUAUCCAUGUAAUCUUAAUUCAUUUCCUAAGCCCCUACUCAUAAUCAAAGGAUUUACUUGGAUUUGGGUAAAAUAACUCACGGAGGGUAAUUGCAAUCCUACGGGACGACAAUUGAAAGUAGAAGUGUUGGGCCAUAAAUGAGGCCCGUAACAGUUGACAUAACUCUCGAAAAGUAAGGCCAAUGAAUACAUGGCCUGCAAUGAAUAAGAUUACAAGGCCCAUUUGGUGCCGUGAGGUUGGUCCAUAGCCCAUACGAGCUCGAAGUGGAAGAGCCGCCGAUGAAGUCAGGAACGGUGCGGUGAUGCUGGCGGAGACUCUCUCCGCAGCUCGGAAAAUGGACAUAGCGGUCUUCUCCCCGUCUGCGCUUUUCGCCGCCGAUGAUGAAGACGCCUCUGAUGAGGAGACAACGGAAACCCGGCAGAGCUACGUGGAGAGGCGGCACAGUUUCCCCGGAAUGGAUUUGGUGGUCAGAGAGUUUUCUUUUCAUCAAUUGAAUGCUAAUUUGCUGUGGCCAGGGUCGUUUUCGUUCGCGGAAUGGUUGGUUCAACACCAAUCGUUGAUUGAUGGUCGGCGAUGCAUUGAGCUAGGCAGCGGGACUGGAGCUUUGGCUAUUUUUCUCCGCAAGUCAUUUGACCUAGACAUCACGACAUCGGAUUAUGACGAUCGGGAGAUAGAAGACAACAUAGCUCAUAACUGCAGAGAGAAUGGAGUCACACCUGUUCUUCCCCACAUUAAGCAUACAUGGGGAGAUGCCUUUCCGACUUGUAAUCCUGAUUGGGACCUUGUCGUAGCCAGUGACAUACUACUGUAUGUGAAACAGUACGGAAACUUGAUAAAGACUCUUAAGUUUCUGCUCCAAAAUUACAAGCCGGCAAAAAAGGAGGCAGAGGCAGCAGCAUCCGCCAUGGAGAAGCAAGAAAAUAGAGGAGGCGGAGGUGAGGUGGAACGAGUUCCAAGGCCAGCAUUCGUAAUGAGCUGGAGAAGGAGAAUAGGGAAGGAGGAUGAAUCCCUGUUCUUCAGUGGCUGCGAAGGUGCCAAUCUUCAGGUCCAGCACCUGGGAUCCCGAGUUUACUUAAUAACUCCCUGAAGCCUGCUCUGGUCGAAUUCGGUGUCAUAGCCAGUAACAUUGUGUAAGAAAAUUGUUAUCAUCAUUUGAUGAAGCCCCCUGGUUCCUAGCCAUACUAUGUUCCGACUUCUGAGUGAAGAAAUUUAGGGAGCAUAUCUUAUGAAGAAUGAGUAAUUGAAUUGUCGUAUUGCAUUGCACAGCAUAUCCGUGAUCUCGCCAGAUCCGUGCCUUGAUUGGUGGCCGAGUGGUCGUUUUCAUUUCUGUUGUGAAGCAUGAAUCUCGUGGUUAGGAGGUUUCGUUCUACUCCUACAUUAGUAGUCCAGUCCAAGCAAGCAUCGCGGACAUUGUGCUCUAUCAAAGCACAUAACUUACUUAGGUCAGUACAUGACCUGAGUGGCUGAGUCUUGACCACCAAAGAGAGAGAUUACGAACUUAUUGCAGGCAGUUUGAUAGACGGAGCCGUAAUUUAACAUUUGCAUUUAAACACUCCCUCGAGUCACGGGAGAUGAAAUGGUCGACGGCCUGAUAAAAUGAUUAUUUGCUGGUAGAGAAUGGUAGGAAUGGUAUAUUAUGAUUGUCAAUUGUGAGAUAUGAUCAAUUGAUUAAAUAUAAGAGUGGAAAUUUC